UUGCUAGCAAGCUGCUGUUGUAACUGACAAGGCUCCAGCUGCAGUACAUUGCAGUACCCGGCAGGAUAAGACGAAGGAAGUACGGAACAGUGCCAUUUGAAAUCAAAGACAUCAAACCUAGAUUUAAUCUUUAUCCAGGAUGGGGACCAGAGAUGAUGAGUAUGAUUACUUGUUUAAAGUGGUGUUGAUAGGAGACUCUGGUGUGGGGAAGAGUAACCUGUUGUCUCGAUUCACCCGGAAUGAGUUUAACCUGGAGAGUAAGAGUACCAUUGGUGUGGAGUUUGCGACCCGCAGCAUCCAAGUGGAUGGGAAAACAGUCAAGGCUCAAAUCUGGGACACGGCCGGACAGGAACGAUACAGAGCCAUCACCUCAGCGUAUUACCGUGGCGCGGUGGGGGCUCUCCUGGUCUAUGACAUCGCCAAACACCUGACCUAUGAGAACGUGGAGCGCUGGCUGAAGGAGCUGAGAGACCACGCAGACAGCAACAUCGUCAUCAUGCUGGUGGGCAACAAGAGUGACCUCCGCCACCUCAGGGCUGUGCCAACCGAUGAGGCCCGGGCAUUCGCAGAGAAGAACGGUUUGUCUUUCCUGGAGACUUCAGCUCUGGACUCCACUAACGUGGAGACAGCCUUCCAGACCAUUCUAACUGAAAUCUAUCGCAUUGUGUCUCAGAAACAGAUGUCUGACCGACGAGACAAUGACAUGUCGCCUAGCAACAACGUGGUCAACAUCCAGGUGCAGCCGACGGAAAAUAAACCAAAGAUGCAGUGCUGUCAGAGCAUCUAGACCUCUGACCCCUGACCCGACCCCGCCCUUACCCUCUUACCCGACCUCAUCCUUACCCUCUGACCCGACCCCAUCAGUGCACUCUGAACCGACCCCGUCCUUACCCUCUGACCCGACCCCGUCAGUGCCCUCUGACCCGACCCCAUUAGUACCCCCUGACCAAACAUGACUCCUGUCGGCACUACCUGCAUAACCCUGACCUAAAGCCCAAACCCCUUCUAAAAGACUGCUUUAGUUGUGAGCCUGUAGACACAGCUGCAAGGCUGCAUUCAUGUUCUCCACCAUUCCUCCCAAAACAGGGACUUGUCUGACACUAUCAUGAAUUGGAAAGUCUUGCAUUCUAAUCCUUGGCUGUAGGGAGUUACUUCCCACUGUUUUUAAAUCCAUGAUGUGGGAGUGAAUGCUUUGAGAAGGUGGUGGAGAAUUUGGGUACUGUCUGAGUCCUGGUUUUCCAUGCCUGCAGUCAGAACUAUACAGCUUCUACUUUCUGCCGAGUUCGGCUUUUCUAUUAUUAUAUAGCAAUCUUUGAUUAAUCAGACAAAAGCUGGGCGAAUCUUCACAGAAAUGUCUUAAUAUAUUAUUUUUGUUUCUUUUGAGGUGUUUUUGUUUAUUGGAUAACAGUGAGGUUUAUUUAAUCUUAAUUUCAUCUGUAAAAUGUAAAAUGUGAUUGACCUGCACUGUCGCCACUGACCGCGACACUGUGACAUGGGCCCUCAGCAGUGUCCUUACUCAGCCUGUCCUAGUCCCAUGUAGAGCUCUUUAAAGGGCCUAGGCAGCCACUUGGGACGUGUCUCUGUCAGUGGAGAUGGGGAGGCUCAUGGGGUUUUGUGCUGCUGGUAAACUACAUCAUGUUCUCUGUCUGUGGUAAAUAUAUGAUGACAAGGAUGUCAGGCUGGUGGUCAGUUCUGUCUCCUGACACUGAGCCCCCCUCCCCAUGGUCAGUUCUGUCUCCUGACACUGAGCCCCCCUCCCCAUGGUCAGUUCUGUCUCCUGACACUGAGCCCCCCUCCCCAUGGUCAGUUCUGUCUCCUGACACUGAGCCCCCCUCCCCAUGGUCAGUUCUGUCUCCUGACACUGAGCCCCCCUCCCCAUGGUCAGUUCUGUCUCCUGACACUGAGCCCCCCUCCCCAUGGUCAGUUCUGUCUCCUGACACUGAGCCCCCCUCCCCAUGGUCAGUUCUGUCUCCUGACACUGAGCCCCCCUCCCCAUGGUCAGUUCUGUCUCCUGACACUGAGCCCCCCUCCCCAUGGUCAGUUUUGUCUCCUGACACUGAGCCCCCCCCCACAUGGGUAUCUGUUAGGCUGAGCUGCAAGGUUUUCAUGAAGAACAGUCACCUCUGCAUGCGACAACCCAGUCCCAGUCGUUACUUUAACAUAUUUAAAUUUUGGGGGGGAUUUGGACAGUGCAUCUGGCCCACUUCUAAGGAAGCCCAGUUCCAAAACAAAAAUGCAAUCGACCGUCACCCUGUACAAAACCCAAAUACCCGGGUGUCCAGGCCAGGUUUUCACUAUUCACACAGUAUUUCAAACCUGUAUGGCCAUAAGCAUUUCUACACUUUCCAGGUUUGUCAGAAUUCCUGGUUUCUUAUUCACCAGGCCUGCAGCUAUAGAACUGACACUUGAGUUGCUGCUGCUCCAGGUGUUUGAUGGAUGCGCCUGCUUUCUGGCCAGAAUCCUAUCAGGCCUUUCUACCUGACCCACCUGGUGCCCACGGUCCAACCCAGUCCUGGCUUGACCCACCUAGUGCCCACGGUCCAACCCAGUCCUGGCUUGACCCACCUGGUGCCCACGGUCCAACCCAGUCCUGGCUUGACCCACCUGGUGCCCACGGUCCAACCCAGUCCUGGCUUGACCCACCUGGUGCCCACGGUCCAACCCAGUCCUGGCUUGACCCACCUGGUGCCCACGGUCCAACCCAGUCCUGGCUUGACCCACCUGGUGCCCACGGUCCAACCCAGUCCUGGCUUGACCCACCUGGUGCCCACGGUCCAACCCAGUCCUGGCUUGGAGGUCCAGACUUGACAUAGUGGCUGUGGCAGGAUUGUGCAACAGGUCUGGCAGUCUAAACAUGAUCUCCUCUGUGUCAUUCAGAACCGGUUCUCCCUUCAUGUCUGGUGACAAUGAACACUAGAGUUGGAUUCUCCAAACAGUGCCUCUCAGCACUCAUCUGCUGCUCUUCUUUUUGGUUUUAAACAUGCUUUAUGUCAGAGUCAAGUCCAUUUAAGAUCCACUUGUGUCUGGAAGUAUACUGACAUUUCCAUUUAACUAAUUCCAAACAUUACUCUUCAUUGAGUAGUGUUUGAGGUGAGAAUUUAGUUUGCUUUCUGAAUUGAUUGGAAUUCAAAUGGAAUUGACCCCAACCCUGCUCUCGCUAACCCUGAGAUAUGGCUGCGGGCUCCUAUGGCCUCAUGGGUAGUGUAGGCUAGGAGUUGUAGGGAAUUAUUCCAGUGCCUUUCUGGUAGAAUGUAUGUUGGGAUGCCUUCAUUUCACACAUCAGCUGUUUCCUACUACUGCAGCUAGUUUUCAGACACCACCUCCCUUCUCUUCUAGCAUGGCUCAUGUCGGUCUCUGGGUUAGUGCACAGGACAGUUCCUGGCUUUAACAGCUGUUCUGAGGUCUGAGUGGUCAGAGGGUAGCAAGGCUGAUCAUGCUUCAACAUGGUCUACAUACUGCCUGGGAUCCGCCAAGAUAAAUGUCUUUAGCGUCCUAAAAUAUUGUUCCCCGACCCAACUGAGAGCACUACCGAUUAGUUUGCACAGCUUCUAAGUGUUAAGGAUUUUUCUGAUCACUUCAAAUGAUGAAUGAUAAAUUAAUUAGAUUGAUAUGCUGUACUGAAUGUGGAAUGUUGUAGGUUACCAGGGAGACUUGUUCCCAUGGUAAAUGGUGCCAGGGAGACUUGUUCCCAUGGUAAAUGGCGCCAGGGAGACUUGUUCCCAUGGUAAAUGGCGCCAGGGAGACUUGUUCCCAUGGUAAAUGGAACCAGGGAGACUUGUUCCCAUGGUAAAUGGAACCAGGGAGACUUGACCGUGACUGCAUCGAUAAUGGACUCAUGUUCCCAACCCAGUGCCCUACAUCUGACCAGAGUCCUAAACUAGGGCUCUAUAUCAGAACCUGGUGGACCCAGUCAUGUUCUUUAGGAACCACACUCAAGAAAACUGACUGAAAUAGGAUGGGACUAUCCUGACCUGCUGUCCAACACCAAACACUAGUUUUUGUUUUCCUGUUUUGAAAUGCUUUUCUGUAGUGCACUGCAAUGAACACACUUCUUGACUCCCUAUCCCCUAAAGGGCUGUUUCCACUCUAUAUUCCCUUUAGGGAUCUGAUUCCCCUCCAUAUUCCCUAUAGGGCUCAGAUCUGGCACCCUGUUCCUUAUAGGGCUCUAAUUUUGCUCCCUAUUCCCAAUUGGGCUCUGAUCUGGCUCCCUAUUCCCUAUAAGGCUCUGAGCUGGCUCCCUAUUCCCUAUUGGGCUCUGAGCUGGCUCCCUACUCCCUAUUGGGCUCUGAUCUGGCUCCCUAUUCCCUAUAGGGCUCUGAUCUGGCUCCCUAUUCACUGUUGGGCUCUGAUCUGACUCCCUAUUCCCUAUUGGGCUCUGAUCUGGCUCCCUAUUCCCUAUUGGGCUCUGAUCUGGCUCCCUAUUCCCAAUUGGGAUCUGAUCUGGCUCCCUGUUCCCUAUAGGGCUCUGAGCUGGCUCCCUAAUCCCUAUUGGGCUCUGAUCUGGCUCCCUAUUCCCUAUAGGGCUCUGAUUCUGACUUCGUUUAAAAGUAGUUCAAUGUAUAGGAAAUAGAUUGCCAUUUGGGAAAAAGUGUGUGCAUGUGUGUGCGUGUGUCAGACUGGAAGUGCCAAUGAUGUUUAGGUUACAGAAGGCACAUCUUGUUCCUACCGCUGUUAUGUGAAUCAUUAUGUAUACCAUUCUUCACUUUAUGCCUCAGCUCCACCAAUUCUUUUCAUUUGUGCUGUAUUGUGAUUUUAUGUUAAUUGUUUUGUUCAUAAUUAAACUGUUAUCUCUGUCCACUAAUUACAAUUGAAAAGUGCAAAUAAAUAUUACAACUUAA